CGCCUAACCGAGUCGCCAAGAAUGGCAAUCGAUAGAGCGACGCGGGAGAAAGGAAGACGGAGGAUAUCGAGUGCCGACGCGAGCGAGAGAGAGAGAGAGAGAUGGAGGGGGGUGAGAGACCGCGAGAUAGACGAGGACGAAGCGACAGGGGAGGGGAUGCGGGUAUAUAUAUAUAUAUGCGCGCGUUCGACGCACCACGUCGCUCCCGUUUCUGUCGCGCGCGCGGACGAGAGGCGCGAGGAUCACGUACGAAGGUGCUGCUGCUGCUGCCCGGCCUGGCCUGGCCUGCUGGGCUCCUCUCCGCUCUGCGUCGUGCCAGUGCCCCCCGAUGCGGUGCAACGUGCGCCGUGCGCUUCCCCAUGCGGCGAGCGUUACCGAGUAACGCAGCGCGGUGCUGUUCCCGUUGACGCGACAGCCCACCCCGUGGUGCCCGGCGGUCGUAAAGUGCCUUUUCUGUCAUUAGCGCCUUCGCACGUAAGAUGUUUCAGAGAGACGGGGUGAGACUGAGGCAGCAGCACGCGGCGAAGCGCGCGUCGGUCUCGGAGCUACCCUACGAGAACAGGCUCGCCGCGGGGAAGCGGGACGCACUGCCAAACGACACCCAGCACCUCCUCUUCGUCCUCACGUACUUCCUCUUCGUCUCCUUCGUCAUCAUCGUCCUGGAGCGGAACCUGCCCGAGCCGGUCACCCGCGACACCGAGGCGCUGCACCCGGGCAGGUUCGUCGCCGAGCGCGCCCGCGACCACGUGGUGAACCUCACGUCCCUCGGGCCCCGCAUCUCCGGCAGCCACGAGAAUGAGGUGCUGGCCGUGCGGUUUCUCACGGCGACGAUCGACGGCGCGAUCAGGACGGCGCACGAGAAUCACAGGAUCCUCCUCAACGUCACCAAGCACAGCGGCGCGUUCCCGCUCAAGUUCCUCGACGGCAUGACCAACGUCUACAGAAACGUGCAGAACGUCGUUGUCAAAGUCGGACCUCACCGGCCCACGAUGCACAGCCUGCUGCUUAAUUGCCACUUCGACUCGUUCCUAGGAAGUCCAGGUGGCUCCGACGACAGCGCCGGCUGCGCCGUGAUGCUGGAGAUUCUACGGAUAAUAACUCGCGGCCCGCGGAUACUCAAGCACAGCGUUGUAUUCCUGUUCAACGGGGCGGAGGAGAAUCUAUUGCAGGCGUCCCACGGCUUCAUAACGCAGCACCCCUGGGCGAAGGACAUACGAAUGUUCAUAAAUCUGGAGGCGUGCGGCGCCGGCGGUCGUGAAUUAUUGUUCCAAGCCGGCCCGCACAAUCCCUGGAUUAUCGAGAUGUACGCGAAGUCCGUACCGUAUCCCUAUGCGUCGUCGUUGGCUCAGGAGAUAUUUGAGAGCGGUAUCGUACCUGGCGACACGGACUUCCGGAUAUUCAGAGACUUCGGAAAGAUUUCCGGCCUGGACUUUGCAUGGUCGAAAAACGGUUACGUAUACCAUACUAGGUUCGAUAACGUCGAUCAGAUACCGCUGGGGGCUUUGCAAAGAACCGGCGAUAACAUACUCGCCUUGACACAGGGAAUAAUAUUUGGAGACCACCUGUCGGACAUCGAUGCGCAAGAGUCGCGGGGCAGCCUCGUCUUCUUCGACUUCUUGGGCGCAUUCGUUAUUAGAUGGCCACAGUACAUUGCCAGUACAGUUAAUAUCGCCAGUAUAAUUAUAGCUGGGUACUCUAUCCAUUUGAAUAUGCAGAGUGCGCGUAGAAAUGUUAAAAGAUGGAUGUAUAUGAGACAUUUACUGAUAUGCAUCGGGGUGAUCAUAAUCUCGUGGUGGGCAUCCAUGUUCUCUUGCACGCUAGUCGCCCUGUUCCUGACGAAGCUGGGGAAGGUGAUGAGUUGGUACGCGAGGCCGGCGUGGCUGUUCUUCCUGUACGUUUGCCCGACCAUAUUUGUGUCGAUGAUCGUCAUCUUGCAAGCUGGAUCGAGGCAGAGAAAGGAAGUCGGCUCCGCCUGGAUCUUGUAUCACAUAUACUGGGACGCGUAUUCCGUGAUAUGGAUGUUGAUUCUCUUCGUGUGCGUAUUAUUUGGACUACGAUCGGGCUUCAUACCGCUCCACUGGGUCUUGUUCCCGGCGAUUGGCAAUAUCGUGCGACACGGCUUCUUCAGCAAAUGGAGAGACUGGAAAUGGCUUUGUUACCAAUUGGGGUCGUUGAGUUUGUCUUACAUACAAUCGUUUUACUUAGCGCUCGGUGCUCUCUAUCUCUUCAUCCCAAUAAUGGGACGAUCCGGUGGCAGUAUUAAUUCCGAAGUUGUAAUAGCUAACAUGCUGUCGAUAUUAUUCUGCCAGCUAGUUUGCUUCACGUUGCCAAUAGUGCUUCUAAUAAAGAACGCGGAACGAAUUAUAAGUGUGAUUGUUGGAAUUUUCUUAAUCGCUAUUGCUGUGUUAAUUCUAACACCACUUGGAUUCCCUUACAGUGGUGAUCCGUUGUCGCCUGCUCCACAACGAUUCAUGAUCGCGCAUAGUCGACGCCAGUAUUACAAUACAGAUGGUAUUGAGAGGUAUUCCGGUACGGGAUACUGGUUAGUGGAUUUAGAUAUGAAUAGUCCUUACAGCGUAGAAUCAAUAGUACCUGAAGUAGCUGCCGCGACGCCGACAGUCAGGGAUUGCGAGAAGGAAUUGUACUGCGGCUUCCCGUAUUUAAUGCCGGUCACAACUUUCUUGUGGAAAACUACCUGGAUACCCGGACCUGCUCCGCUCCUAAGUAUUCCGACAAAUCUCGAGAUAAUUUCAAAGACUGCGAAACAGCACAUCGUUAAUUUCACCUUUAACGUUACAGGUCCCGACCACAUAGGUAUAAUUUUGUCUCCGUACAAAGGUGUACAUUUAGAAAAAUGGUCUAUAAUCAACGAGAAGCCAUUGCAAGGUCCAAUGUGGAACGACAGAGAGACUUAUUUUAUUUAUUACGCAUGUGCCUCAGAUUGCGUGCCAUAUACAUUUUCUAUCGAACUGAAUGUGUCUUCAGUGCAGAAAGGACCAUGCUUAUCUAUCGCACUGGCCGGACACUUCUUGCACGGCGAACACCAAAGAUCUCUAAGAUUUAAGAAGUUUCUGGCACAGUUCCCACCGUGGACUGUCAUCGCUCCCUGGACAGCGUCGUACAAGUCAUGGGAGCUGUAACAAGGACAAUUGGAUGCGGUAAACGUGACUAGAGUAUAAAGCAAUAUUGUCCGGAUCGUCUCUCGCGAAUUAACGAAGCAGCCUAAUAAAGCGGUACUAUGCUUUUCGAGCACGAGACCUAAUGCCACGGCGACGUAAUGUCGCUUGAAUACUUAGACCUAGCCUUCAACACUUCCUAAAAUAUUACGAUUUGAGAAGAGGCAUGGAGAAACGUUUAAACGCGAUAGAGAAUGGAACGGAGGAAGACGUUCCCAUUCUGAGUUUAUAUAUGAAUUUUUUACUUGCAUAUGAUCGUUAAUAGAGACUAUUUCGAAGUAGCCUAAGACGUUGAUUCAGAUUUUAAAUCGUGAAGAGUAUCUUAUCUUAAAAAUCAUAUAUAGAGAGAUAAUAUAAAAUAUAUAUGCCUGGGCGCUUUCAAAGGUGAUAACUACGAUUAUUUUUCGUAGAAACGCGUACGAUAAUAUUGCAUAUCAUAAGCUUUAGACUGAUUCCAUGCAUUGUCUUUCGAUUUUAUCAUUUUCACGACAGCAGAUAUCCGCAAGAGGGAGAACGCAUUAUUAAGAUCCAAAAUCGAAACCUCGAAUUAUACGUACAAUGUAUAGAAACUGUGAUUGCAUGACGUACGCUCUCUUAGUACGCUUCAAAUUUACUGAACAAAAUAACAAGUAGUAGUUGAAAUUGCCAUCUCAAACGAGAUGACUAGAUCAAUAAUAGCAUGAUUAGCGCGCACACGUUAGUGUGUGUUAUCGGGCACGUUCUACAAAAGUUACGCAAGUGCUAUCUAAACUACAUUUCUAGACUUUCGUGCUGUAAUACCUUGCAGUUUGCACAAGUGCAAGAGUUCACAGUUUAAUCGUCUAUAUCUGCUGUUUGGUACAAAGUACAGAUUCGUCCACAAACAAGCCAAACUCUCUUCGUAGGCAAUACAAAUGAUAGCACGCGCGAAUAUAGUACAUUUACAUACCUUAGGUACCGCGGCAUCUUAGAUCUCGCGACGAACAAAAGUUGCCCGAUGUACGAGAUAAUCAAAUACACAUUUUAAAGAAAUUUUAUAUUUCGAGUAGUAUAAUAGGACAAAAGGAGGACAAGUUUCAAAUAAACACGUACAUAAUCGCACACAUACGUAUGCAGGAUAUGCUUGACGUGUCUCAUUCUAUUGAGUUUGAGUAUUUCGUUAUGCAUGCAAUCAAUUUCGGGCAGUCUCGAUAAAUAUCAGCAUCUUGUAGGGCAGCUCGUUAUUUGUUUUUCCUCGUAAUCACAAUCUACGAACCAUUCCUCUUUUCCCUAGCUCUAAGGAAAGAGAUAAUCCAUAUUUUUAAUAGCAUAUCAAAGAAACUGAGACUUUACGUAGAUACUCCUGACGUGAUUUAACGAUUUUUUUAAUAGUUUACAUUCACCGUUAUCUAUUUUUUUAAUUUCUGUUUACUGUUACGGAGGUAUCCUUAAUUGUUCGCUUUCCCCGUGCAACUGUCCUCUUAUUCACUGAAAAUAUUUCUUUUCUCUCCCGUCAAAAAUAUUCCCUAUUAACGUGUCUGUUAAUGCAUACGAAAUAUCUAUUUCACGAUAACGCACUAACAAUAUUUCGCAUGAAGGCAUCUGUCACGCAUGACAAUUAAGAAUUAAUUAUUAUUCCGAUUCCUCUAACAUAAUCUUAAGACAUCGGUAAGAUAUCACCUUUCUCUAACAAACAAUCGAGCACCUUCGUCAUUUAGUGACCACAAAAAGUUAUACUAAACUAAAAUCGAUUAGCAAAACGUAUAGUUUCGAUUUAACAAUUUGAAAUGAUAGAAAAUACCGCUAAGUAAUACAGUUCUUUUCUCCAUAGACAUAUCGCGGAUAGUUUAAUAAACGCCUACGCAAGUUACCUCGCGUAACUUAACGAAUUGUUCACUUAACAAUGCUUGACAAAAUAAUAUAUUAAUAUUAUAUUGUAAGACUUCACCGAAAAUCUUUCACGGGUAGGGUGUUACAUUAGUGAUAAAUAGUACAACGUGAUUCGUUAUAAAAAAUAAUAGUUUUAUAUAAUAUAUUAAGUAGCGAAAAAAAGAGAGAGACAGUAGCAAAAUAUGUGAUUUUAACGAAGUUUAAACAUUUUGAAUAUAAAGCAUGUUGGGAAACGUUUACGUAAUAUAUUUUUGUAUGUGGUUCAAUUUGUUUCUCCUAUUAUGUUUGUAUGAUUUAGUUUAUAUAAUUAAUGUCCAAUUACCGGUAUUAAACUGUGGCUGUUUUAUCUAAUUGUUCGUUAAUUUGCCUGCAGCGUUCAACGUUGAGAACCAAUGGUUAUGUUACUCUCGAUAAUGGCACAAAUUUACGAUUGCGUUUCUACUUAAUUCUCGUGCACAAAGUUAUCCACGUUACUUGACUGCUAUCACUACGUCGUUUGUUACAGGCUGAAAAUAACCGAAUUAUUCAUUCGCUUUGUUUUGUUUUCUUUUUUUAACGCCGACGUUAUAUCUUAAGCCUUGUGUCCACAAUCGAAGAGCCUUGUUCAAAGUCUAGUUUCAUGAAAUGUGUGGCCAGUCAACUUGCGUCUUUUACGGAAAAGCUACGCAUUUCUCGGAACUGAAACGGUCCCAGUUCUUGGAUCGUGGACACAAGGCUUUGUAAAGAUAUAUCUUUAUGUGUUCCAUGAUUUCUUAGGCGACCGCUACGGUAAUCACCAUUGCGCUAUUACUGUUAUUAAUGCGAGAUAUGUAGCGCGCUUGUUAACAGGGUCUUUUUUAUUUUUUUGUUUUUUAUUUUAUUGUUAGGUGUAAAACGAAGUUUCUCGCCUCCUGGCCGUCUCGACGAGAUUGACGUACGUGCAAUCGUUCCCGAAAUAUGGGAAAGUGCGUUUUCUUUUUCUUUUCGCAUUGUAGUGCGUCCUGAAGCAUACAUGUAUAUCUGUACUUCGGUAACUUCGUUUUACGCCAAGUAACCGGCCAAAGGAAAAGGAUCCAUCCAUUGCGUGACAAGUGUACAAUUGUAGUUGCCUAAUAACUUCGUUUCCGUUAUGCCGCGUGCAGGGGGACGUUUUCAGUGAUAAAAGUACCGCGAAAUGACCAGCGUAACGCAGGACUCAAUUCGAGGAAUUUAACGUUCGAUAAACGGAGCAUGUUGAUAGUAAUAUAUAUGUUUUAUUUUUUCCUCCCCUGCCAAUUUAUUUAUACACAGGCGUAUGUUCCUGCUUGCGUUAUAUUAAAUUUAUCGAUAUGCAUAUAUCGCGACAUUGUUACUUGGCAGUUGUUGUUACAUGAUUAAGAGAUUAUAUGAAAGAGGAAAUAAAGAAUUUUAAAUUGGAGAAUUA